AUGGUAACAAGGAGACGAGAGCAUAAUCCUAGCUAUGGUAACAAGAGUAGACGAGAGCAUAAUCCUAGCUAUGGCAACAAGAGUAGACGAGAGCAUAAUCCUAGCUAUGGCAACAAGAGUAGACGAGAGCAUAAUCCUAGCUAUGGCAACAAGAGUAGACGAGAGCAUAAUCCUAGCUAUGGCAACAAGAGUAGACGAGAGCAUAAUCCUAGCUAUGGCAACAAGAGUAGACGAGAGCAUAAUCCUAGCUAUGGUAACAAGGGUAGAGAGCAUAAUCCUAGCUAUGGCAACAAGAGUAGACAGGCAUAA